GUAAUAAUCACGGCGUGCAAGAUUUACGAUUUUAAUACAUUUCAAUUCUUUGGCGCACUUUAUUGUUUCGAAUUGGUGCAUUCUGUUAUACUAUAUUGUGAACUCAACUGAGCCGACAGUAGUCUAAGACAGUGACAGCAACAGUUUGAGCCCAAAAUACAGAGAAAGACUACAUACCUUGCUUUUCCUUGUUGUAAUGACUCAGAUGAAUAUGGGAUUGAUUGUUAAAAAGAGAUGUAAAAGAAAAUGGCGAUAAAAUUUCAGAAAGCGUACCAAAUUCAGUAACGGUGACUAGUUAAAUGAAUGGUAAAACAUAUUGAUAGCUCAUUAUAGUGUGUUUAACAUUCAAAGUAAGUGACAAUCAUGGCCAACGUGUGCUUGAAAAUGUGCAAUUCCAUGUACCAAAUCCCCACUAGGAUACUUUGCCUAGUGCUCAUUGUCCUCCAGGGAGCAGUACUUGAUUACUACCUAGUCAUUCACAAGGACAUUGACUGGGUGUCUUGGAUAGUAGCUGAUAUUGCCAUCAUACUUGUCUUUAUAACAGCAUUUAUAAUAUCCUAUAGGCAUUUAAAGCUUGCUAAGGAUGCAGUUGUCAGAAACGUACCUAUACAGACUGGUGCCCUGCCUCUGGGUUACUUAGCCUGGUUUGUUUACAGUGUGUUUCUUGCCACAAGAGUGGCAAUCAUUUUUAAAGAUUUUGCAUUUCAUUUGAAAGAGGAGGAUUUUUUCGGUCCGAACACGCUGAAAUUUAGCAUAGCUUUGGCCGCAUUUAUCUUCAUGCUACUACUAUUGUGUCAUCAUGACGCUGAAGUGAAAUCUGACAGGAAACAUAUCAUUGCUGAGUUGACUGGUACAGUUGUUUUUGAUGUGUUAGACUCGGUAGAUGCUCUGGAUGUUUUGUUUGAUGGGGAGGCAAUAAUAGACUUCCCACCUCAUAUGGAUACGGCUAUUAUAGUCAUAGCAUGCGUUAACUUAGUUCUACCAACAUUACCUUUGAUGACUUUAAGCCGAACUCAUUAUGGACAUAAACAUACUCCACGAGAAAUCAUGAUGCUUCAUAAAAUGUUACUAGUGUUCUUAGUGAAUUUACCGUUACUGAUUAUUCGAUUUCUCCUCUGGCAUCUUUUGAGUAAGGAAAUCUCGAUAUUCCCGGUCAAGAAUCUGAUUGUUAUUUUUCUUGUGUUCCAUGAUUUGUACGAGAAGCGAAGGGAAGAGCUGGACAGGGAGGAUAUGGUGGAUGCGGAAGUGACUGCCCUUGAUGAAAUGAAGACUCAAUGACCAUAAAUGUGACAGUAUUGUGCCUUAGACAUGCAUUGAGCUCUUGUUUAUAUAUACAGUAUAAAGUAUUUUUUCUUUGAUAUACAGCUAUUAUGGUCACCUCAAUGCUUCAUUUUAAUGGAGUUGUAAGACUUAAGUUUGAAAACAGUUUUUCUUGAUAUAUAUGCAAGUUUCUUGCCCCUAUCAGUAUUAUAUUCACUAGCCACUGUGCAGGAUUAGUUGCUGCUGUAUAAUCAGGCUACAUUUUUGUACUCAUCCUGCAGCUUCCUGCUGCAUAUUCUCUCAAAUAUAACUUGUAAAUACAAGCACACAAGGGGAAUUUCCUUAGUGAACAGCAAAUUUUUUUAUUGCAUACCUGUACCAAUUUUUCCGUUUUAUAAAAACAGUAUAUUUUGACGUGGCAUCAUUUCCAUUAUACUUUUUGAAUAACGUAAUGUUAUGCUUGCCAGAGGCUCGCGUUAUAUAAUUUUAUACAACUUGUUCAAUAAAUUCAGUUAUGAACUUACACUUAUUUGAUAUCCUCUAUCCUAGCCUAUCAAUAGUUAAAAAACUUUGGUACAAGUAACAUUAAAUAGCUGGAACAGGAUUGGCAGCCAGCUGAUUUUAAGGCGCAACAUAUCUGCUCAUUUUGGUUUUUAUUACUGCUGUUAAAUUUUGUUUUAUUUCUGCAUUCUUUUUUUGUAUGUACAUUGUAAUGUAUAGUUACUUUAAAAAAAUAUAAUUCUUUAAGAUCUUUUAAGUUGUUUUCUUUUAUGGUUGAUAUAUAUACAUGUAUAGAUAUUUUUAUAUGUGUAACUUAUAAUUAUUGUUUUAAAAAAAAACUAAACAAAACUUCAUUUUGUUCUCUAUUGUUUUGAUGGUUUGUUAAUAUUUGUUUUUUGUAUUACCCAAAGUUUUGUUCCUAUCUUCCAUUAUGACAUAAUUAUAUUCAUAUAAACAAAAUUCAUGUUUUCAGUUUCGUAAUUUUGUUUAUAAAUGCUUUGCCAAACUUUUACACGAGAGCAUUUCAUUGUCCAGUUGUUUUAUAUUUUUAUAAUUUAACGGCUUUUAUGCAUAAUCAUGACCAUUGUAAUCUCAUACAUGUAGCCUUGUUCUUGCAUAUUUAUGAGAUUUCCAUUACUACAUAAGACACAUAUGCAGAUUUCACAAAGAACAUCAUCGUCGGUUAUCUAUAUCUAUAGAUAAUGUAGUAUGUACAGAAUGUAUACCGUGGGUAAUCGACGAUGAAAGAACAUAUGUAUAUAUAUACUUUGUGAUACUCUAUGCAUCAUGAGUCAGAGCAUACACAUAUACAUGUAGUUAAUUUAAUACUGAUUUUGACAACUCUAUGUAAUAAUGUUCAAGUUUCAAACUCAUGUAUUUACUUUUAUGUUUCUUUGACAUACCAGUAAUGUAUUGUUGUGACAUAAUGUAUACUUGAUAUGAUGCUCCCUGACAUUUUCUACUUGUUGUUUUAUUAUUUCUUUUAUAUCAUGUAUACAUUUAUUUGUUGUCUUGCUUUAUUGUUUUUGUUUUACUCUGAGAGUAUACUUAUGUGACACACAUACAUGUUUUUGCAUUUCAGUCAAGUAUUUUAUCAACAUCAACAAGUCCUUUUCCUAUACUAAUUGAAAGCAUAGAAUGAUCUACAGUUCCAUGUUGGGCAAUCCUCAAAUAGUCAAAACUGUAUGACAAUUUCAAUAUCAUGAAGAUUCCCAUUUUUCCCUUUAUUCCUUGUGAUGUUACACAUAACACAUUGAUAUUUUUACUGUUUAUCAUUACAAAUUCUCUUUGAAUAGCUUACCCUUUUUGAAAUCCCCAAAUAUUGGUUCAUUUUCUCAGUUUAUAUAAUUUAUAAUGUAUAUUUAACUAUCAUCAUGUUUCUUUCAUUAUAAUUAUUUAACAAGGCUAGUCUGUUAUAAUUAAAUUAUAUACAUAUAUGUAGUAAUAAUAGUUUACCAAAGAAAAAAGCAACAGUUCUCUGUGGAGAUUUAGAUUUGUUUAUAUAAAACCAAAUUGUUUACUACAUGUGUAUUACUAUUAGCAAUGUUAUAUUCUAACAUACUAUUGGUUUAAAUUCUUUGCUUACUGAUUUUUACAUAAUACACCUUACCAAUUAUAAACAGUCGACAGUGCAGUGAUAUAUUCGAAUAUUUAAAAGAGUGGCACAGCCACAAUAAUAGAGUCUAAUGUUAGACUUGACAGAUACACAGGCUUGCCUGGCUCUACACUGUCGUCUUUUAUUAUUAUCAGUAGCACUGAGUGACAAGUGGCAAAUACAUUUAUUUAAAACUUUUAUCAAAAGUAUUCUAAAACAUUUUAGUCUCAUUAUAUCAAAGACUAGUCAG